CCAGAUUUUUGACAGUUUUUAUCUUACACCUCAUAAUUUCGAGUCGGGCUGAAAUCAAAACAAUAGGAACGCCGCUAAGCCCUCUAAUAAUUAAUUAAAGAUGAUACCGGAGAUUAAAAUGACUAUCUCUCAAAACAAUAGACUGCUGAAAAGUCUUUUGAGUUCAACCGAAAAAGACAAUAUUGUAAAAUCGUUGGAGGCGUUUCAGGUUGAAGCAAAUAAUGCCAUAACCCAGAUGAUACAAUUGCUGGAUAACGAAGCAAAUGAAGCAAGGGCCAAAAACAAAGAAGCCAAAGCAGAGGAAGGUGAGGAAGAGGAUGAUGAAGACAAAAAUAAAGCCAAAGAUGGGGAAACCAGAAAGAGAGAUGACUCCAACGGACAGGAGGAAAACGGGGAAAGUAAGCCUAAAAAGAAAAGGUGUGGCUAGAGCAGAAAGUUUCAACUGAAUAUUGAUUCGUAGCUGUGUAAUAUGUAUGUAUUUUACUUUUAAUUAAUUAUAAUCAGAUGAACCACA